GUGAGCACGUCCACUUUGAAAGCACUCCAAGAGGCGGAACCGGCAAACCCAAGCCUCCCCUCCUCCGUUAAAGCAGCCCGGCUAGACGACCACCGGUCCGAGUGUCCAUGACUCCAAAGACCGAUCAUUCUAUGCAAGAGCCGCGGAGACUUGUAGGGACUCCGGUGACCCCGAGGAUGUUCCAAGCCACCCGCUUCCAAAGCCCCAAAGUACAACGGGAAUAAGCGAGAAAAAACUCGCCGGACUUUUUUUUCUCCCCCCCCCCCCCUGCGAGCCACACCGCGCAAGCCAGCGAGCCCUGCCAGGUUUCUUCUCCCUGCAGAAAUGCACUUCCACUUCCAUCCCCGCGUCAUUCCUCCGAAGAUGCCCAGGAACUGUGAGUGACAGGUCGGACGCGGCGGUGCGGAUUCAGCCGGUGUUCCUUCACCUUCAAGGAACUAUAUUUGAUUUCUACAUCAACAAGCCAAUUUUUAGCGUGGAAGACGACAUUUUCCGUGUGAUUGAUGAUUUUUGGGGUGUCGCUUCGGAACUUCCAGAGGGGGUGCGCGAACGCUCUCUUUUGGCCGGGAGAGGACGCGCAUCGGCGGGACUCCGCUUGGUGACCCCCCCCCCCCCCUCCCGUUCAGAGACCCAUCCAUCCAUUGAUUCAACUGAGAACGAUUCACUGAUUCUGGGAUUUAAAACAUCCAUCCACCUGCUGGGAAUUGUACCAUGUCAAGUGCACGGGAUUGCACGCGGACGCUCCUCGUCUACGUGGUGGUGGAGGCGCUUUCAUGUGCUCUGGCAGGCAAAGUCACGCCGACCAGUUCCGAUGCCCUCCUGGGUUCCUCCCCGGCGACGGCCGAUCCCUCGCCGCCCGCCAUCUACCUGCCGGCCAGCUUCAAGAUGUCCAAUGUGCAGCUGGCCUUUUUCUUGCGCGAGGUGGCUCGGACGUCAGGAACCGACGGUGGCGGCGGCGGUGGCGGACACCCGCUGCAGCGCUCGGAGAGCUUUGUGGUUUUCCAGACGAAGGAGCUCCCGGCGGUCAACAUCAGCUUGGGACCGUUUACCCGCGACCAGACGCUGUCCAAGGAGUUGCUCCAGCCGACCGGCCCGCUGGACAUCCCCGGCCAGCUGACGGUCAACUGGAAGGUGCGCGCUUUCAUCGUCCAGUCGCGGGUCUUCUCCAACAACCCCGCCGUGCAGGUGUUCUUCUACAUCGCCGGCCGCGAUUGGGACGACUUCAAAGCGCAGGACAAGCUGCCGUGCGUCCGCCUGCACGCUUUCCGCGACGUGCGGGAGAUCAAGACGUCCUGCCGCAUGAAAGGCAAUCUGGCGCAGUGUCUGGCGCGGCUGGAGCUGCCGCCGUCCUGGUUCAACGCCAACGUGGCCCCGCUGGGUCGCCGCAAGGGAUCCGGCGGGGACGGGCUCCUGGACGGCGUGACGGGCGAGAGCCUGCAGGCCGAGCUGUACUACACGCUGCACGAGGCCACAGCGGACGGCGAGUGCGGCGAGGCGGCGGGCCCCCGGGGCGGCCGGGGGGAGCCCCCGUCACAGCACCCCCUCCUCCGCAUCGGGAGCAUCAGCCUGUAUCAGGCUGGCCGGGAGCAGCCGCUGGUGGACAAGCAGCUGGACAGGAACAUGUUCCUCAGGCUGCCCGAGAAGCCGCUCAAGCCCGGCGAGACGCUCACAAUCUUCUUGUACCUGAUGCCCAACUCCACCGUGGAGCAGUUCAGCCUCAAGGUGAAAGCUAAGAAAGGGGUGAACCUGAUCCAGACCAAGUCCAAGAACGCCCAAUGGAAGGUGGACUGGGAGGUUCUGUCCGGUGCCAAGCAUUCCAUCACCACCAUUAACGUGAACAAGAACAAAGCGGUCAAGCAAGGGGAGGUGGCGGACAACGCCGAGGUGAUGCAGCUCGACUUCGAGAUGGAGAACUUCACCAGCCUGUCGGUGACGCGACGCAUCAACUGGAACAUCGACUACAAGGGUCAGAGCCCCCCGUCCGAGUCUGAGAAGGUGGUCACCGAGCUCACCGUGGUUCAGCGGGACAUCCAGGCCAUACUGCCCCUGGCCAUGGACACGGAGAUCAUCAACACAGCCGUCCUGACCGGCCGCACCGUGGCCGUCCCCGUCAAGAUGGUGUCCAUCGAGAUGAACGGCGCCGUCACCGACGUCUCCGCCUUCGUGCAGUGCAAGUCGGCCAACGAAGACAUCGUCAAGGUCUCCAUGAAUUGCGACUACGUGUUUGUCAACGGCAAGGAGACGCGAGGCUCCAUGAACGCCAGGGUCAUCUUCAGCUACGAGCACCUGAGCGCGCCGUUGGAGCUCACCAUUUGGGUGCCCAAGCUGCCUCUGCGGGUGGAACUGUCCGACAGCAACCUGAGCUUCAUCAAGGGAUGGCGGGUCCCCAUUCUGCCCGACCGCAGGAGCACCAGGGACAGCGACGUGGACGAGGACGAGGACGAUCGUCGGGUGAGCCGAGGCUGCACGCUGCAGUACCAGCGGGCGCUGGUCAAGGUCCUGACGCAGUUCCACACCACGUCCAGCGAGGGCACCGACCAGGUCAUCACCAUGCUGGGGCCCGACUGGCAACUGGACGUCACCGACCUGGUCCAGGACUCGCUCAAGGUGGCCGACCCCCACGUGGCCGAGCUGGUGGACAGGACCAUCCUCGUGGGCCUGGAGCUGGGAUCCACCGUCUUGAAGGUGGACUCCCCUCUGGCGGUGGACGCGGCGCUGGGCCAGGCCAGCUUCUCCGUCACGGACGACAAAGUCUCCAUCAGCCAGCUGCGCGUCCACGCCGUUUCGGGCCUGAGCCUGGCGCUGCGGCCCAGCCCCGGCAACAGCCACACCCUGGUCGCUAAGGCCGCCGGCCUCCAGACGCUCGGCGCCCCCAAGCAGGAGGCCAGCUUGUCCGUGUGGAUGCUCUUCAGCGACAACACGGCCGCCUCGCUGACCUACUUUGAUCCCAAGGACUACAACUUCAACGCCUCCACGCUGGACGACAAGGUGGUGUCGGUGUCGCAGGAGCCGCAGCAACGUUGGCCCGUGGUGGUGGCGGAGGGCGAGGGCGCCGGCGAGCUGGUGCGCGUGGAGAUGACCAUCGGCGAGGCCUGCCAGAAAACCAAGCGCAAGAGCGUGGUCGCCUCGGCCGCCGUCUACGUCAGAGUCCGCUUCGGACCCGAGGAGGACGACUCGGACGAGGAGGGCGAGGUCGAGUCGCCGCCCGGCACCGGCCGCCCGCCGGCCCGUCCCGACUCGGGCGGGAGGAUCUACGAGACGUCCGACGAGCAGCCGGCCAGCGUUCCCGUCGACUACACCAACUUGCCCACCACGGGCAUCCGGGAGCAGCCCACGGAAACGGACGAGGAAGAGGAGGAGGAGGAAGAGGAGGACGAGGACAACUUUGUGCACUCGCCCCGCAACAUGACGGACCUGGAGAUCGGCAUGUACGCCCUCCUAGGGGUCUUCUGCCUGGCCAUCCUGGUCUUUCUCAUCAACUGCAUCGUCUUUGUGCUCAAGUACCGGCACAAGCGCAUCCCGCCCGAGGGCCAGGUCAACAUGGACCACUCGCACCACUGGGUCUUCCUGGGCAACGGCCAGCCGCUGCGGGCCCAGUGCGACCUGUCCCCCCAACGGGCCGACAGCCCCCCCAACCCGCUGGAGGGCGUCCAGACCUGCUGCCACGGGGACCACCACAGCAGCGGCAGCUCGCAAACCAGCGUGCAGAGCCAGGUGCACGGCCGCGGCGACGGCAGCUCGGGCGGCUCGGCCAAGGAGAGCGGCGAGGAGGCCAGUUCGCCCACCUCCAAGCGCAAGCGGGUCAAGUUCACCACCUUCACCACGCUGCCCAGCGAGGACCUGCCCUAUAAUUCCGUCCCCGUCGCCGACGAGGAGGACAUCCAGUGGGUGUGUCAGGACAUGGGCUUCCAAGACCCCGAGGAACUGCACGACUACAUGCGCAGAAUAAAAGAAAUCGCCUGAGGAAUCGGUCGAGUCGGGUUGGGGGUGGGGGGGGGUGCUCCUUUUUAUCACAGACUCGGGAGGAAAGAAAAGGCCUACUGUCGUUUCAGUUAGUUUGUUCCGUUUAGUUUGCACACUGCAGUAAUCUUAUCACACUAAACAAAGAAGAAGAAAAAGAGAGAGACGGACGGACGCGUAAAGGAAGCCAAAGACUCGACGACCCGACAAAAGGCGGUGGUGGCGGCGGCGGCGGCGGCGGCGGCCAACAAAGAGGCCUUUGAUAAACCCUGAAAACUGUCAAAGACUCUCAAAAAAAAGCUUGCUUGUUUGUUUUGGGGUUCCGGUUGUUGUUGUUUAUUCUGCCAAAGUAGGUACUUUUUCUUGUCACUUAUUUGCUUACAUUUUUCUACGUGUCACGGCCAGUCCCCCCUCAGUUGAAUGCCUUACAACCGCCGGCCGCCAUCACUGGCGACUUGAAGCGUCCGCUCUGUAGCAAGCUGCUUUGCGUGGGCAGCGAGGAUGAGGCGCCAUCAUCACUACCUUUUUUCUGAUCAUGUGACCCGGUUUGCACGUAACCCCGCUGUCAGAAGACGCUAGUUCUGUUAUUUCCAAUCUAUCUUUGGGGUCAUCCGAGUUAACGUGCAACGACGUCGCAUGUCAUCGGAGAAACAUGUCAUCCCGAUGACACGUCAUCGAGUCAAAAGACAAAUGUGUGUUACGAAAAUGAGCAAAUCUAUUUUACAUGUAGUUUGAGUUAAACGCCAUCUGUGUAACACAAAAUGAUUCCAUCGGGGUUACACGCUAUCUGAUCACUUGAGCGUCACGUCGUCUGCGUCCGUGUUACACGGAACAAAAUAUGUCAACGUUUGUACGCUCCCGAUAUAAUCCCGCCCGGCUCAAAUAAUCACGCGCAUGCCAUGACGUCACGCCAGGCCCAGAAGACAUGGCCGCUUACGCAGGGGAAACGCUCGCCACUUUUUUGCCAGAAGAACUUGUGACCAUUUCGUUACCUGUUACAGAGCACAACAUCAGGAAGUUUGCAUCAUCCAAGAAUUUUUUUUUUAUUUACUUUUAUUUAUCAUCUUGGUGCCACAUGUGUUGUUCAAUGAGUAAUGUGUGCGUGUGUAAUUAAUUGCGCGCGCGCGCGCGUGUGUAAUUAAUCUCAUGCAGCUCGAGACAAGAUGGCUGUGUGUGUAGCAGAGAGUCUGGGGAAUGUGUAAUCUGGGAUAUAAUUAUUUUAUUUUUUUUAAAUAAAAUCCACCAGUAGAAGCCGAACUGUUGCGGCUUUCAAUUAGCGGCGGGAUGUCCUAUUUUGAAGGCCGGCCGACGUCCUCAAAGCUCAUCAAACAAGCUCCCAGUUUUGAGCCUAAUGAAGUCAGCAUGAAAUGAAAUAUGCUUUUAUCACAUCAUUGUUUUGUUUCCCUUUUCAUUCUAAAGGGCAUCUAAGGGCUUGGAUACCAUUUUUAUUUUCCUUCUUUCUUUGUGGCAAUAUGUAGCCGCGUUUAAACAUCAAGGCACCAGAGUUCUUCUGAAAGGUCCAAUCCAGAAUUGUUCUUGUUCUUUUUUUAUUUGAAAGUUUUAAAAAGUGGAGAGCAAGGACUCAGGUUUUUGCUCCAUUCAUUUAAUUUGCCCACGUAUCCCUAUUAAUUUUGUCAACAGAUCAAAUUUGCCCUGACAAAAUAUGCACCAGGAGAGCCUUGACCUCCACGGAGUGGGAUCCCGUGAACAUGCUGAUGAGAUAUUUCCAGUUUUGUCUCCUUCGGGCUUUUGCGGGAAUUUAGCCUUGUAGCUUUUUGUAUCAAGUCAAAUAAACAAACAUAACCAGCUGCAUAGCACUGAAAUGCACAAAUUGAAUAUUCUAAAUCUUGGGGAAAGAAGCUUUUGAGUCCAGGAACUCAGCUCAUGACCCACGUUCCAGUCCGUUUUUUUUUUUUUUUUUAGACCUCUGUCUUUUUUUAAUUUUAUUUCUUUUGCAAAAGAGAGACUCAAAUCUGGAUUGGGGAUUUCCGGGCUUCUGGUUGUCUGCAUGCCUCAGCCCAUCAUUCGAACGUUUUUUGUUGUUGUUUUAUUUUGCUUUCCCUGAGCCCAUUUGAGGAGUUUUGCUCUCAGAAUGAAUGUCGGCUUCUUUGUCUGUUCGCCGGCGAAGACUGAAAACAAGCCGUCUGCUCUGCGUUGACUGUCGAAUCCUCGCCGGUCGCUCUGCUGUACAGAUGAAGCGCAGCUUUCACCGCAGCUUGCUUUUCUUCUUCAUUCAUGUAAAUACGUUGCCAUGUUCGGUUCCUCCGUGUUCCUGCCUUGUUUUCUUUCUUUUCUUUUUUUUUUAUAGCGCUGCCGGGGUGCGCCGGUUUGUAUUUUUCUUACAAGCUGCUAUACUUGGAAGUCGGUCCUCACCGCUACCGCCGCCACACUGACCACCGCGUUCGUGUACAGAGCACUGAUCUAUUUCCUGUAUUCUCUUGGAAGCAAAUCCUUGUAUUUUCCCCUUAUAUGUAAAAUACUCAAGAAAAUGCGAUAUUAUACUCAAGUUG